AUGCAACUCGCGGGAACGCUGCUGGCAAUUCCCUGGGAGCUGACAACAGCGGAGAGACGGAGACGCGAAGCCGCGAGGGCAGCAUCGAAAGCCCUGCAGAGAAGGCACCUGCGCAGGCAGGUGGCCGCUGCAGCCGCGAAAGCCACCAUGAAUAAGGUGGCUGGCGGGGACGAGCUCGCAGAACUCUUCAGUCUGAUGCCGGACCUUCUGCAGGCGACCAACACUAGCGGCAACGCGUCACUGCAGCUCCAGGACUUGUCGUGGGAGCUGGGGCUAGAGUUGCCAGCCGGCACGGCGCCAGGGCAUCAUCCGGGCGGCGGCGGGGCAGAGAGCGCGGACACCCAGGCGCGGGUGAGGAUCCUCAUCAGCGUGGUGCACUGGGCGGUUUGCGCGUUGGGGCUGACGGGCAACCUCCUGGUGCUCUACCUGAUGAAGAGUAAGCAGGGCUGGCGCAAGUCCUCCAUCAACCUCUUCGUCACCAAGCUGGUGCUGAGGGACAUGCAGUUCGUGCUCACCCUGCCCUUCUGAGCUGUGGAAAACUCCCUCGACUUCAGAUGGCCUUUUGGCAAGGCCACGUGGAAGAUCGUAUCCACAGUGACGUCCAUGAACAUGUACGCCAGCGUCUUCUUUCUCACCUCCACGAGCGUGGCGCGCUACCACUCGGUGGCCUUGGCUCCUAAGAGCCACCGGACCCGAGGGCACGGCGGGGGUGACUGCUGCGGCCGGAGCCUGGGGGACAGCUGCCGCUUCUCGGCCAAAGCACUGCGCGUGUUGAUUGCGCUGGCCUCGCUGCCCAAAGCCAUCUUCUCCACCACGAUCAAGGUGAUGCGCGAGGAGUUGUGCCUGGUGCACUUCCCGGACAAGUUGCUAGGCCGCGACAGGCAGUCCUAGCUGGGCCUCUACCACUUGCAGAAGGUGCUGCUGGGCUUCUUGCCGCCGCUGGGCAUCAUCAGCCUGUGCUAUCUGCUGCUGGUGCGCUUCAUCUCCGACCACCGGGCAGGGACCGAAGUAGGAGCCUCAGCAGCCGGGGGAGGCCUGGCCAGAGCCAGCGCCCGGAGACGCUCCAAGGCCACCAAAUCAGUGACCGUCGUGGUCCUAUCCUUCUUCCUGUGCUGGUUGCCUAAUCAGGCACUCACCACCUGGAACAUCCUCAUCAAGUUCAACGCGGUGUCCUUCAGCCGAGAGUACUUCCUGUGCCAGGUAUACGCGCUCCGGGUGAGCGUGUGCCUGGCGCACUCCAACAGCUGCCUCAAGCCCAUCCUCUACUGCCUCGUGCGCCGCGAGUUCCGCAAUGCGCUCGAGAAUCUACUGCGGCGCCUCGCGUCGCCUUCUCUCACUAGCAUGCGCCCUUUCUCCGCCGCCACCAAGUCGGAGCCCGAGGACCACCGGCAGGCCCUGGCGCCUCUCCACCAGGCCGCGGAGCCCGACAUGCUCUACUCUCCGCCCGGCGUGGUGGUCUACAGCGAGGGGCGCUACGACCUGCUGCCCAGCAGCUCCGCCUACUGACGCAGGCUGAGGCCCGGGGUACGCAGGAACUGCCAAGUGGCCUUCCCUCGGCGGAAAAGAGUAGAGCGGAUUAGAGGAUGCUGGGGGCCCCCGGAUCAAGAGGUAGGAGGGACGAGGAGAGAGAGAAACACAAAAGAGCAGCCUACGAAGUGGCCAGGGGACCUUCUCCGGAGAGGGGAGGCUGCGAACCCAGGUGGAGAGAGGAAGGGGGCAAAGUGGCCGAGACCAGCCUCAAUGGACCAAGCCACCAGCCUCCGUCCCCCUGGUCUCCACACACACCCCUUCCUCUCCUUAUGCUGUCAGCGCUGGGCUGUGUGGCGCGCCCAGAAGCCGAGAAAGGCAUCAGGAAUGUAAAGCAGUUCGGGGACAAGGAAGAGGGCCUCAGCCAAGUGGUGCGCAGACAACUGAGCGCACUUAUUCCAGCGACUACCCACCCCCGCCCCAGCUCUUGAAAGGGUCCUCAAGGUGCAUCCAGUCGGGUAAGCCACUCACAAAACCUUUGCACCUUGGCUCCGGGGCUGCCCAGGCGCGAAGGCCUGAUUUGCUGCUUGGCUGGGCGGAGAGCCUAGAGUACGGGACCAAACUUCUUCGGAGUUAGAAGGAAGGAGUGACAAUCUUGGUCCGCCCUCAGGAGAAAUGCACCGCGAGAGAGCCACCUCCCGUGGCGUGUAUGGUUUGUCACUUGGGAUGGGGAGAGCGGACACACGCGGAGCCCGACUGAGACCCUGCAUGGCCUCUGCGCUCAUAGGUCGCCGAGACCAAAACCCUCCGGGGUGCGUGUGAGAGCCCCUUCGCGGGGGAGUGGAGUCUCUGCGGGAGGGAGCGGACGCAGUGUAGUUCGAGGGGCUGAAUAGAGGGACCUCUUCAGGCUACGACCCCUAAAGGAGAAAGGGGGCUCUCUGGGUCCCCCAGCAGCGACUGCGCCGCGCGCUGGAAGCUGGGCGUCUGGGUUCCCCUGAGAGCCGUGUGGGUACCUGGAGACACUCCUUGCGUUCGGGUCUGCGCGCUGCAAGUGAGCUGUGCCCAGGAGCAACUUGAACAGGUCUGAGUAGACAGGCUACUGGGACUGGGGACUCCCCUGCAGCCUCUCCCCCUUCACUCUUUGGCAAUCGGAAUGCCGGUUUGAUUGAGGCUCUGGGCCAGCAAGUAGGGGGAUCGUUCGGCCGCGUUUUUCGUUGGCUUAGAUGGAAGAUUAAGAGAUGCUGUAGAAAUGUGGUUCCUGAAACCCAAAUUCCUGGAAGCUGGAGUCUGAUCU